UUGCUCCCCUUAAGCUCACACCCAUCAAGCUUAACUCAGUCGUCGAGACGUCUUCUCUUCCUUGUUGGUAUUGCAUAACCAGAAUGGCACAUCUUGUAUCAUUUUCUUUUGUUCUUUUUGCUCUGAUGGGCUUCCUUGUAUGCAAUAUUGAGGCAAAUAUGCAAUAUAGCAACGAGGAGUCCCUUUUCAUGGUACAGUUGAGGAGGAAUUACGGACAAGGAAGCCUUCGCCCUGCAGAUUGUGCCCCAAAGUGUUCUUACAGGUGCUCUGCAACCUCUCACAAAAAGCCCUGCUUGUUUUUCUGCAAGAAAUGCUGUGCAAAGUGUCUGUGUGUUCCUCCUGGAACUUAUGGAAACAAACAAGUGUGCCCCUGCUACAAUAACUGGAAGACCCAACAGGGAGGUCCCAAGUGCCCUUGAAUUCUUCAAUUCCCUUCCAAUUUUCAGCAGCACUAGCUACUUAUAAUCUGAUUUUGAUAAUAUUAAUUUUCAGUGGCAGAUUAGUAUAUGGGACCUCCAAAUAUAGUACUAAGUAUUGUAGCCAAUGUCUGGAAGACAAUGGCGUACCUAGCUAGCCCUUCUGUGUGAGAGAUGGUCAAAUGGCUCUCCCGGGAGUUGGGAAAAGCUAUAAUGUAACAUCCCUACUUAUAUGGGAUUGAGGACUUUUAAUCCAAGUAAUAUGAUGUUAUUUGAAGAAAA